AUGGAGGUGGAAUCCAUCGUCCUCGGUGUGGAGGGGAUGACAUGCAAUUCCUGUGUUCAGACCAUUGAGCAGCAUGUUGGGAGGAUGGAUGGCAUCCAUAACGUCAAAGUAUCUCUAGAGGAUAAGAAUGCAGUCAUCAUUUAUGACUCAAAACUGCAGGCUCCAGCAACGCUGCAGGAAGCAAUACAUGACAUGGGAUUUGAUGCUACAUUACCUGAUUCAAACCCACAACCUGUUCUACUUGACACGAUCUUUCUUAUGAUUCCUACUCAGUCAUCCCUAACCUCUAAACAGAUUUGUAGCGCGCUACUGAAGAACAAAGGUGUUGUGGAUGUUAAAAUAUCCUCUGAUCAAAGAACUGCCGUGGUGACGUUCGUUCCUUCCCUUGUAAAUGGCAAGCAGGUGUUGCACAUGGUCCCAGGAGUGGAUUUAAAUAUCCCUGCGCCAGAGGUAACGCCUGGGACUUGUGAAGGUUCCGGCUGGUCUCAAGCAAGUAGCGUUGUGCUGCGCCUGAAAGUAGAUGGGAUGACCUGUCACUCCUGCACCAGCACCAUCGAGGGGAAGAUUGGCAAGUUGCAGGGAAUUCAACGGAUUAAAGUGUCCCUGGACAAUCAGGAAGCUGUUGUUGUCUACCAGCCUCAUCUGAUUACAGCAGAAGAAAUAAAGCAUCAAAUUGAAGCUGCUGGUUUCACAGCAUCUUUCAAAAAGCAGCCUAAACCCCUCAAGCUCAGUGCCAUUGACCUGGAGAGGCUGAGGAAUACUCAGACCAAAGGCUCUGAGACAGCACUGAAAGAAAACUCAAAUAUGAAUGACACAAAGACAGUUGUCUUCAGGAUUGAUGGCAUGCACUGCAGUUCAUGUGUCCUCAAUAUUCAGAGCACCAUAUCAGCACUCCCAUCAGUAACAAGUAUAGUUGUUUCAUUAGAGAAGAAAUCUGCUAUUAUAAACUAUAACCCAAACUUAAUUAGCAUAGAAGUACUGAGAAGAGCCAUAGAGGCAGUGUCUCCAGAGACAUUUAAAGUCAGCCUUCCUGAGGAAUAUGACAACGUAGCACUUUUCCCCACGCUGGUGUCUCCCCUGAAGUCUCCUCAUCCAGCUUUGAAGGAUGCCAGCCAGCCACUUACUCAAGUCGUUGUGAUAAAUAUCGAGGGAAUGACUUGCAACUCCUGUGUGCAGUCCAUUGAGGGAGUCGUAUCCCAAAAGGCAGGUGUCAAAUCUAUUCACGUGUCUCUCACAAACCAUAAUGGGACUAUAGAAUACGACCCUCUGCAAACGUGCCCAGAAGACUUGAGAUCUGCAAUAGAAGAUAUGGGAUUUGAUGCAUCUUUACCAGUCUCCUUUUCAGCUCAGCCCUCACCUGAAGUGCAGCUGGAAUCCCACAGAACUGAGCCUCUCUCCAAAGUGUCACCAGCCCAUCUUGUGAGACAAGAGACAAAGACUGUAUCCAAGUGCUAUGUCCAGGUCACAGGAAUGACGUGUGCUUCAUGUGUGGCCAACAUUGAGAGAAAUCUGAGGAGAGAAGAUGGAAUACAUUCCAUACUUGUUGCCCUAAUGGCAGGGAAGGCAGAAGUGAGGUAUAAUCCUGCUGUCAUACACCCGUCAGCGAUUGCAGAGCUCAUCCGGGAACUGGGAUUUGGAGCUACCGUGAUGGAAAACUGUGGUGAAGGAGAUGGAAUUCUGGAACUUGUUGUGAGAGGAAUGACGUGUGCUUCUUGUGUACACAAAAUAGAAUCCACCCUCAUGAAGACUAAUGGUGUUUUAUAUUGCUCAGUAGCUCUGGCAACCAACAAAGCACACAUCAAAUAUGAUCCUGAGACUAUAGGGCCACGAGAUGUCAUACAAGUGGUAAAGGAUUUAGGCUUCACUACUUCGUUAGUCAAAAAAGAUAGAUCAGCGAGUCACCUAGAUCACAAGCAGGAAAUAAGGCAGUGGAAAAGGUCUUUCGUUGUGAGUCUGGUUUUCUGCAUCCCUGUCAUGGGGCUGAUGAUCUACAUGAUGGUGGUGAACAGUCAGCUUUCAGAUGCUCACGCACAUCACAACAUGAGCACUGAGGAAAUGGAGGCUCUUCACUCCUCAAUGGUCCUGGAAUACCAGCUCCUACCAGGAUUGUCUGUUAUGAAUUUUGUCUCCUUUUUACUCUGUGUCCCAGUACAGGGUAAAACAUCAGAAGCACUGGCAAGACUAAUUUCAUUACAAGCUACUGAAGCUACUAUUGUUACCUUGGGGCCCGAUAACGUUCUUUUAAGUGAAGAGCAAGUUGAUGUCGAACUAGUUCAACGAGGUGACAUUGUCAAAGUGAUCCCAGGAGGCAAAUUUCCAGUGGAUGGUCGUGUUAUUGAAGGACACUCCAUGGUAGAUGAAUCUCUCAUCACAGGUGAAGCAAUGCCUGUGACUAAAAAACCUGGCAAUACAGUUAUUGCAGGUUCUAUUAACCAGAAUGGGUCACUGCUGAUUUCAGCAACCCAUGUUGGAGCUGAUACAACUCUGUCCCAGAUCGUUAAACUGGUGGAGGAGGCCCAGACCUCAAAGGCUCCCAUACAGCAAUUUGCAGACAAACUUAGUGGCUACUUUGUUCCUUGCAUUGUGGCUGUCUCUGUGGUUACCCUUUUUGCCUGGAUUAUAAUUGGUUUUGUGGAUUUUGAAAUAGUAGAAAAAUACUUUCUG